GGCCUGCAAAGCAGGUAACGAACGCCACCGAACACAACGCCAACAACGCUGCGCCAAGUGGGAGGAAAUUCACAGAAGAUUCUAAUUAUGAGCAAAGAAGCAUUUUACGGCCUGCUAAGUGGCCUAGCCCAGCGAUUGUACUACGGCAACUCUGAGGUAACGGACGACUUGUUAAAAAACGAACUGUAUCCUUCAGUUUCGGAUGAACCGUUUUCCAAGUUGGUUUCCAAAGCAACGACGGUGCUGAAGACACUUGCUGCUUCAAACAUGGACUGGACACAGCUGGAGGCGUUUCUGACAUCGCAGACAAAGCGACAGGAAGGUGGCCUCGCUCAGGAGCAAGCGGAGUGCACUUCUCGAUUCUGGAGAAACCACCGUGCGCGCGUGCGGGCCAGUGUUGUGGCCCAGAGUCGGUGGAAUCCGGGGCUAGAAUCUUGCUCGUGGAGGGUGGACCUCGAAGGCCCCACGGCACAAGUAUCUUUGGGAGAACUGCAUUUCCAGAUGGGCAAGCCUGAACUCGAGUCCUUGCUCGGGAGCAUCGCGGCUGUUCAAGUUGCCUUGGACAAACAUUGUCCUAGAACGAAGUGACCGAUACACCGAAGGAGGUUGAAGACGAUGUGUUUGACCGCAAUAUCACUAUUUUGGACUCGGUCAGUCUACCAAUAUACUGAAGUAAGGUGGCAAAUUGGCUAGUUGGAACGUACUCGCCAUGUUCAGCGCAAAACAGCAAAACAGCGCUUGUGUCGUGCACUUCCUUGUGUUUUCGUGUUCCUGUUUUGCGCUGAACAUGGCGACUACCAAUAUACGCCGUGUACAAAAGAUUAAUUCAUGUUAGUUUUGUAGUGUCUAGUCGCAGCUUUCAAUGCGUCCGUUAAACCACGAGUAUUAUUUCUUUUUUAAAGGCUAAAUGGCAAAUGCUCGGACCUCAUUUUCUUAUCUGAGGUGACACAGACACACAGCACAAAGUGGUGCGAAACAAUAAUGGGUCAUUCCAUGCCAACUGUCCCAGUCUGGGCGCUCGACAAAAAUCAAUUUCUCUGGAAAAAUCUGAAAAAAUUACACACGUAUAGACAUUCGUCCUGCAGUAUUUUCCCGAAAUAUCUUGAGCGGCAAAAAUUUUUCGGGCACGUGAGCGCCAUUUGAACUUCUCGAUAUGGUGGAAAACCAGGUACAAAAAGAAAAAUUCGCUAUAAAUGGACCGUAUCACGCAUUCAUUCGAAACUUGCUUUUUUGUGUUUUUAGAGCAUCGCGCUUUUAUUAUAGGGCAGUUGCUUAGAGUAGCUUUAUGUUUUUCACUCCUUGGCGCGUAGGUAAAAUUGGGUAAAUUGCAGCGUUUUCGGGAAUUUUUUUACAAAAGACGACUGUAGAUCAAAUACAUCAAUUAUUUUUAUAGAACUCUCCAUAAAACGUACUAUCGCCUAAAAUUCUUGU